GAGCAACUUAAAGUGUUCGAAACAACCCUUCGUGACAUGAGCCGGGCUGCCAACCCAAACAAACCAAAGAAAACACAGAUCGAAAUUGAGGCUGAUGUGGCUGCCAAGAAGCAAGAGGCAGACCGGGAAAGAAUCAAGCGAUGCAUAAUCACAUUGGGAGAUGAAAACAAAAAGGUUGUUUCUCAGAUUCGUGGAGCAGUGCAAUUACUUCAGGAUGAUGUAGAACUUCAUGGUGAGCUCAUGUCAACAGUUCUAAUCGAUUGUGCAAAAUGUUUGCCUAUCAAAUUGGGCAUUUAUGCCGCCUGGUGUGCCAAGAUGGCUGAAAAACACCCAAAGUGGGCGGCCAACAUGGUCAGCUGCGCCAUGGAGGAAUUGAGAGCGCGGGUGCAGGAUGGCAGUGUGGCCAGCACGCAGCUCCUGCUUCGAUUCAUUGUUUUCCUGGCCAACACCGGCGUCCUAGGCGUGGUCGCAGUCUUGGAUUUGCUGCUGCAGGUGAUUUCAGUUUGUCAGAGCAUGCAGUUGAGUAGAAGAGGUGACUUUCCGGUGUUCAUGGCUUUGGCAUCUUUGCCAUUUCUUAGCCCGGAGGCAUACCGACAGGGGCGGGAAAAGGUUGAUUCGCUGAUUGCAGCUGCGUGCAAGCAUGCUGCAAACCGAGAAGCUGCCUGGAAGUCAACGCUCCGCAUCUUUAAGAGCAAGGAUAGCUUUGACAGGUUGGAGGAACUUCUUCGAAGUGUGAAGCAACUUUCAAAGCAGGGCUGGUCUUUACAGGUGGUUCUUCACGUACCUGGUUUUCAGCCAUCAGCUCUAGGAAUUAACGGAAUGCCGGAGAUUCCGCUUGGCAUAGCCGCGGAAGACUUUCAAGAGAGUUGCGCAAGGUUUCAGGUUCCCCUCAUGUCCGUGUCCUUGCUCACUUCGGAGUCUAGUAGUGGAAUGGCGCUGGCUGACAGAUGGGUGCUGGAAGACUACUUGCUCCUUGUGGUGGAGAUGUUCGCGCAAGAUAUUGAAGAAUGCAGCAAACAGAUCUUAAGGAUUCCAGUCUUGCACUAUGAUUUUGAAGCUAUUACCGUUGAGAUUCUCUUUUCUCAGCUACUUCGGCUGCCCACCCCAGUACGGUUGCCUUUAUUCUAUUGCCGUGUUCUUGAGGCUUGCGCCGAGAAACAAAGCACGAUGAGAAAGCUUAUACAGGAGGCGUUUCAAUCGUUGUUUUGCAAGCUGUCCGAUAUGGAUGAAGACUGCAUUGAUGUGUUGGCGGAAGCUUUUGCUUGUCACCUUGCAGGCAAUGGGUACCAGGCAGAUUGGAGCAUCUUCGUCGCGGAAGAUGCCAAUGUUCAGGUGCUGCGGUUUGCGCAACGCGCUUUGGAACGGUUGCAAAGAUUGUCAGAGCACCAGAACAUGAUGGCUCGGCUUCCGCAGGCGAUGCGCAUACACGCCCCGCCUGAGCCUUUGCCAGCAAGUGGGUUGCAGGUCGUCUCCAAGCCACAAUUCGGACGCUUGAUCAAUUUGGUGCGGCUGAAGGACUCCAAUGCUGAGAAAGUAUUGCGGUACUGCAAGUGGUUGAUGCAUGCAGAAGAGGCGGUUGGAGUUCAGGAGCUGAAGGACGAACAGGAGGAUGAGCCACAUCCGAAGCGCCAGAAGAUUGAAAUCGAGGAGGAAUUCGGGGAGCGGCCUUCGCAGCCGAUGGGCUUUGAGGAGGUUGCUGAUUUGGUGGUGUCCGUGAUGCUGCAGCAGGGCCACAAGACCCCAACGCACAUGGCCAAGAUCCUGGAUGGACAUGAUCAGGUGCUGCACAAGCUGAAGCCGUCCAAAGAGGAGGAUGCAUCAAGUUAUGAGAAGGCAGUAGCUCGAUCUGUUCUCGAGUUCUGGAAGGCAGCAGGUCAGCGCCUUGAGAUCACCUUCGACAGCUUAAUCCAACGGAAGGUGAUCUCUCCACAGGUUGUUGCCGAGACUGCUUUAUGUCAUGGGUCUCUCAAGGCUGAUGCCAUGCCGCUAUGGAAUGUCGUGGGCAAUGCUGCACGGAAAAGCCUGGAGCGGUCCCAAGCAGCUCAUGCAGACUUGGCAAUAGCAAAGAAGCUGCAAAAGGAAGAUGUGCUGCUGCAGAAGUGUCAGGCUGAGCUGGAAUGUGCAAUUCAAGCAAAUGCACGCCUGUUUUUGUCCAUUUUCACCUCCUUGGUGAAUGCUUAUGAGGAUGCCGAGAGGGAUGCAGCUUUGCGCAACAUCCUACUUUGCCGCAUCGUGUCUGUUGGCCGGAAAUACCUGGCGGAGAUCCGACCGCUGAUAAAAGAUGCAGAGUCGCGAAUUCCCCAUGUUGGCCGCAACCCAGACAUUGCCGCGGUGUUCAAAUUGUUGAACACCCUUUGAGCUCUCACAAUGUACAGGAAUGUGGGGUUGAUGCGAGAG